AUUGAAAGAUGAGUAAGGGUACUUCCUCGUUCGGUAAGCGCCACACCAAGUCGCACACCCUCUGCCGUCGUUGCGGUAGACGUUCUUUCCAUAACCAGAAAAAGACCUGUGCUCAGUGCGGUUACCCUGCUGCCAAGAUCAGAUCUUUCAACUGGUCCGAGAAGGGUCAGCGCAGAAAGACCACCGGUACUGGUCGCAUGCGUCACUUGAAGGAGGUCCAUCGUCGCUUCAAGAACGGUUUCCGUGAGGGUACCCAAGCCAAGAAGCAGACUGUUGCUGCCACCGCUUAAAUAAAAUAAAAAUGAAAGAAAUUGAACAAAGCCUGGACGAUCGUCUAUAGACUCCUCUAUCAUUCCUACAGUGCACCAAUAAAAGCGAUUGAUAAAAAAAACCAAGUACUAGAGGAAAACGGUUGGGUGGGUGGUCCGUGCAAUCGCUCUGUAAUUCAAUGAAGAAAGAGGGACUUUUUUUUAUAUAUCGACAAUUGUUAUUGUAUUAAAUAAAUAUUUUUUUAAAAUA